UCAUAUUUGAAAACAACUUGUUUGGCUGGCGUAUUAGCAAUAGUCUUCCAGUUGUUUUAAUUUAACACACAAUGGAACUCUUUCACAAUGAUGAUUUUAAAAUGUACUUUUGUGAGAAUAGGCUGAAAACUUUUGAGGGUUGGCCAUUUAACGAAGACUGCGCCUGCACACCGGAAAACAUGGCAAAGGCUGGCUUUAUUUACACGCCUUCAGACAACAGCCCAGAUGCUGCUAUGUGCUUCUUCUGCCUCAAAGAGUUGGCGUGCUGGGAGCCAGAGGAUGACCCACAAAAAGAGCACCGAUCACAUUCAGCCUUGUGUCACUUCAUCACUCUGAAGAAGAAAGUAGAAGACCUGACUGUGGAGGAGUUCUUCAAACUCCAGAAGGUGAAGCACAAGUUCCUCAUUCGCAAAUCCUAUAAUGAGGCCGUCGACAAGUUUAGGGAGGAGGCAAGAUUGAUGAAAGCAGAAAUGCUCAAGAUGGCCAUGGGCAAAGAGCAAUGAGCAUUUGGUGUGCAUUUGUAUAUGUUUUAAGCUGUAAGGGACUCUUUGCCUUACAGUAUGUCCACAUUGUGUUUGUUCUUUGUUUUUAAUGCCUAACCUGUAUAGUAAUUUUUCACUUAUCCAUCUGUUUUAUUCCACUUUGCCUAAAGUAGAAUAUUUCUCACUUGUUCUAUAUCAGUGGUGUCCAAACUCUUUCUGUGGGGGUCCACAUACAGUAUCAAAAAAUGAAAGGAUACAUGGGCCACCGUGAUGUAAGUCGAUGUUUUUUUUUUGUUGUUGUUUUUUUAUGCUUAUUAAACACGCUAAAACCUCUCCAGUAUAGGUCAGGUCAACUCAUGUAGCUAUGGCAAAACGUUAAAUAUAUAUUUAGAGAAAAAUCAGCAUGCAUUUCAGCUUUGUGUGCUUUAAUAUUAGUGUUGUUAGUAUGAAUAUUUAACCUUUUUCUCAUUGCAUUAUGCCUUUUUUUCCUCAUGUAUUUUAUUUGGACGGGACAGUGCAUGUUCAUGAACAUUUUGAGCAAGAAAAAACAAGAAAUGUAAACACUCCAUAUUCAGUCUGUAAUUUCCAUCUGUUGUCCACAGAAAGCUGGUAAGCCAUUUUUAAUUAUUUUUUAUUUUAAUUUUUAAAAAAUUACAUCAUUUUAUUUUUGACAGAAUAAUACAGUACAAUACAUAUAACAAAUUUAAAUUGUACAUCAUAAGUGCUAUACAUAAAAUAGAAAAGCACAAUCAUCAUUAAAAAAAAAAUGCCACCGUUCAAUAAAAAACAAGCUACAGGCAGGAAAUGGCUCCCGGGCAGCAAUUUGGACACCACUGUGCUAAUCUGUUAAAUAUUUUUAAAUCGUUAUCGUUAGUGUGUUAGCUCGCUCAAAUGUAAAUUUUUCAACUUUUGCUCUUUUCAAUGUGACUCCUAACCUCCUUCAAAAUGUUUAAUUUUAUGUAUAGCAUACAAUAUUCCCUUGGAGACAAUAAAAAAAUCGACCUGCAGGCAGCAAUUUGCCCCCAGGCAGCACUUCGGACACAUGAAACUUUAAAGAGCAACACUCUUGUCUGCGGAGUAAGACGUCGACAUUCUGCUGCAGGUCCUUGACUAGAAAGUCAUACUAGUAACACCUCCUAUGGUGUUACCAUGGCAACCUUCCAAAUGAAAGAAGGAAGUGAUGAUGCUCUUCCUUAUUGCAGAUACAGCCUACUGGUGUAACACUUGUUUUGGGUUCUCAUUACAUUAAAAGGAACUUAAAAUGAUGAAUGAAGGUUUUUGUAAAUGUUUGGACCCCCGGAAGCAGGAGCUGAGGCAAAAGCUUGGAACAAACACUUACAGUCUUUAUUAAUAAAGCCAACAGAACAAGCCAGACAACAGAACGUAAAUAAAUAAACGCACAUACCGCUAGGUCCAUAAAUAUUUGGACAGAAAAAGUUUUUUCUAAUCUUGGUUCUGUAUCCAUCCAUUUUCUAUACCGCUUCAUCCUCAUUAGGGUCGCGGGGGCAUGCUGGAGCCUAUUUCAGCUGACUUCGGGCAACAGGCGGGGUACACCCUGGACUGGUCGCCAGCCAAUCGUAGGGCACAUAUAGACAAACAACCAUUCACACUAACAGUCAUUCACACUUAGAGUCGCCAAUUAACCUUACCUGCAUGUUUUUGGAAUGUGGGAGGAAGCCGGAGAAAACCCACGCGCACACGGGGAGAACAUGCAAACUCCACACAGA